AUGGUAAACAUAAAUUGGCCAGGGCUUCUUAAAUGGUCUACUAAAUAUGCAGAUGGUACCAUAGACACGAACAAACGGCUAAGCAAGGAAGACAUAGAAUUCCUUCAAGGGGCAAUAAAAGAUGCCCUGAGUCAAGUGGAAGAUCCAUACGAAGCAAUAAAUGAGGCAGUGCGUAAUUUUGAAAACAAAGAUGAAGGAAUAAUUUUAGCGUCCGCCAAAAUAGUGGAAAGAUUGGUUGAUGAAUAUCCAGAAGUUUCUCGAAAUUUACAUAAAAUAAACGCAAUAGAUCCAUUGUUAAAAUUGUUAAAUCAAACAAAUAAUCAUAUUUUAGAAUCGGUACUUCAGAUAUUUUCCUUAGCCUUAUCGAAUAACCCAGAAUUACAGGAAUGUGUUUUUAAAAAGAAUGCAUUAAAAACUCUAUUAAUAAAAUUACAAGAGUCUCAAAAAACAGUUAUUGAUAAAAAAUUAAUUACAGCCAUUUCAGCAUUAAUUAGACAUCAUGAUGAAGCAGAAAAUAAAUUCAUUGACUAUGGGGGGGUUGGUUUUUUAGUUUACGGAAUGCAAACGAACAUUUACAAAUACCAAGAAAAAUCUGCUCUUCUUUUAAAACAUUUGGUUCAUCAAAACAAAAUUACUUUUGAAAUAUUUUUAAAAAAUGAAAUUAUAAAAGGACUCAUAUGUCUAGCAAACAACAAAAACAUUGACGAAACGGGAAUACAGUAUGGAGAAACCACAGCAGAACUUUUUUUAGCCUUAAUGCAGAACCACAGGCAUAAGCUAGCCAAAACCGGCUACCUGAAUACAUUGAAAAAACUCAUCGAGGACCGAUUAGAAUAUUUACAUGUCGUACAAGACAGUGCAUCGUAUGACGUUUCUCAAGAGAUCCAGCUCUUCACGGAUUGUCUCAAGUUGACCAGUUGGCCAGGUGCCAAACCGCCUGAACAGGACAGCAAUAACUUCAGUAUAUCCAAUUGGUAA